AUGUCCCAAAAUUCUCGUAAAUCGUCUCUAUUGUUCCUAUUUUUGUGUUUAUUGCUCGAAACAUCGCUCGUAGAAUGCCGAAUUGGACGUCGUAGAAUUGCGAGUCGCAUCAAACCUAUUGAAACAGACGACGUCAGUGGAUUAAUUCAUCUUUACAUUGGCGUUGAAAAAGACGGCGAAUACAAAUUGGUGAAAGACAGCGACGAAACCGGUCAUGAAUUAGUCAAUUGUGAUACUGAUGGAAAAAUUGCGAUAAUUGUGCAUGGAUGGCGCGAAAGCUGUUCAACUUUGUGGGUACGAGAAUUGGUACUAAAUUUGCGAAAACAUCGCGGCGGAUGUAUUUUGUGUUUUGACUACAGCGAGUAUCAAAAAGCACUUUCGGAUCGUUAUCGACCUUUGGUGAAUCAUUUCGGCAUGAUAGCCGGUUCUUUCUUGGAUAUGCUGAUCGGACUUGAAGAAGUUGGCUUCGACACGAAAAAUAACGGAUUUAUUUUUGGCUUCAGUUACGGCGCCAGGUUAGCUAUUGAAGCAGCAGGAGCUUUUGGUUUCCAAAAAUUAGAAAGAAUUGACGUUUGCGAUCCUGCUCGUCCCUUCUUCGAAACGGGAUCCGGAAGACGUCGUUUUAAUCUCGUCGAUCCUCGUUACGCCGCCAAACAUGUUCAAUGCAUCCACACGAGCAGCGACAAAGGCACCCAAACGCGAAAUUGUCACAUUGACUGGAUCAUGGGUAAAUGCGGAAAGGAACAAGUUGCUGCCUCAGAUCCGCCCUUUGGUUCGCACGGACUUUGCCCGCAUUUUUACAACAGUGCGUUCGAUAAUAAUUUCUUUGCGAUCGAGAAACCCCUCGAAUGCGUAUCGAAUAGACAGGCGGUGAUGCUGCCCAUCGGAUUUAAAAUGGGAUAUCGGGAAAAUAGAACGGAGCAGGUCAGAGGUGACGUUUACGCACGAACAUCUGAUAAAUAUCCGUAUAAUGUACUCUAA